AUGAAUCUAAUCAUACCUAAUCACUUAAUGGGCAAUUUACCAAGGGACAGACUUCAAUGCUCUCGUCCAUUUGAAAAUAUAGGCGUGGACUUUUGCGGUCCAUUCUUUGUAAAGGAAAGAAAGUUUCGAAAUAGAAAUAAGAUUAAGAUUUACGUCUCAGUAUUUAUAUGUCUAGUCACAAAGGCGAUUCAUUUAGAGGUCGUCAGCGAUCUCACCACCGAAGCUUUCUUGGCGGCGUUAAAGCGAUUUUUCUCGCGUAGAGGGGCUAACAAUAAACUGACCGAGUUGCACCAAUGCGUAGAGCGAAAUUUGUCUCAGAUUCAGUCGCAGCUCACCAAUGGAGGAAUAACGUGGAAGUUUAUCCCGCCUAAAUCACCCCACUUUGGCGGUAUUUGGGAAUCAGCUGUCUUUGGUGAGUCAUUGUUCACCUUUGAAGAAUUCAAUACCUUCAUUAUCGAGGUGGAAGCAGUCUUGAAUUCCAGACCGUUAACUGCAAUGUCAAUAGAUCCUAAUGAUUUAAUAGCAUUAAGUCCAGCGCAUUUCUUAAUAGGCACUUCACUUACUACCGUUCCAGAGCAUGAUUUCGUUGAUGUACCGAUCAAUCGCCUGUCUAAUUGGGAGCAUAUUCAACGCGUUAAACAACAUUUUUGGGAAAGAUGGUCGAAAGAAUAUCUCAAUGAACUACAACAAAAAUAUAAAUGGUUCAUCAAAGAUGAAACUAAUAUCAAAAUUGGAUCACUAGUAAUGUUAAAGGAAGAUAAUAUGCCUCCAAUGAGAUGGAUAAUUGGUCGUAUCGUUGCGUUACAUCCAGGUGAUGACAAUAUUGUGCGUGUUGUUACUGUAAAAACCAAUAGCGGACUGUACAAACGUAGUAUAAGAAAGUUAGCAUUGUUACCCAUAGAUUGA